UGUCAUACCGAGAUUAUUGCAAAUGGAUUCCUAAGUGAAACGACGUGUAAUUUAUUUUCUGUGCAAAAAGUUCCACAAAAAUAAUUGAUUUGUUACUACAUUUGAAAACAGUAAUUGCCAUUAACAUUUAGCGUAUUUAGUGCUUAAGAACGUCAUGGCAAAAUUAACGUGUGUGUAUCGAAGUGAUGAAAUAUCUGGAAUGAAAUUCAGCAAACGGCAACUUCCAUUGUCGACGGGAGACAACAAUUUCAUGAUGCUAAUGGACCUCAACUCAAAGGGACUCGUUUUUGAUCAUCCACUGGUCAAGGGCAAAGAACUGGAAGAGUUCACACGCAAAUAUUCGAUUCUGUCCGACGAGGAAUUGAAAAAAUCGCUGGAAGUUGAUCGUACCGAAUUCAUGUCGGUGCUCAGCCAGAGUGUACCGUGUGUGGGAUGUCGGCGAAGCGUUGAAAGACUGCACUACCAAUUAAUGUUAUCCGGCCAUCCGACACUCGAUCCGAUCGUUAUCACAGAAGAGGGAGUGUUGACUGUGUUAGAUGAUAAAAUUGCAUCGCCACAAGCCAUUUGCACAUUGCUGCAUAAGCAUAACGUCUUACUGAACAGUUUACUAGAGAAUCAACAUCGAAACAAAAAGAGUUCCCGGUGUGCACUGCAUUCGAGGGAUUCAUUUCGUUCGCGACCAUUUUCGGAUGUCUGGCGGGAUGUGUGGAACUGUAUGAAGCAAAAGUGUCGGGACGAAAUUUCGCAUAUAAAUGCCGAAGAGUUGCAUGUGACAUUGGAGGGUUACCUUAAAAAGCAUAAGUUUUGUCAGGAAUGUCGGACCAAGGUGGAAAAAGCGUAUACUUUGUUGGUGAGUGAAAGCAACCCGACGAAAGAGAAGGGCUACGUAGCUGCGCUAUAUUCAAAUAUUAGGAAGUGCAUUGCCGACAAGCAUAUCCAUCUCCAAACGAAAGUGGACUUUAUCGAUAGUCUAAUGAAGCGAGCUGAACCGGAGUUGAAUGGAAGCAAUUCUAGGCACCGAGAAAAUUCGCGACACGCCAAAACCCUAGAAAUAGCACAAGAAGAAGUUCUGACCUGCAUCGGCAUUUGCAUUUAUGAAAGACUUCUACGUGUUCACAUGAGUUUAAAAGAAGAGGAAAAUGCAUGUCAAGUUCUGGCGGCCGUUGCUGUGCACGCCCUGUGCAGAAGCUUUGACAUAGCCGUGGAAAAGAAGCGCGGAAUUAGUAAUUUGGAACUGCUAUACAAAGAACUGGACCGAGCCGAAAAGGCCAAGGAACUGCGCAAGGAACAAAAGAAGCUAAAGAAAAAGAAGAAGAAAAUCGUGAAGAAAUUGGAGGCGAGCCAAAGUAAUUGCACCGAUUACGAAUUGGAUCCAAUGUCUUUGUAUUUGGCGGCUGUUGACGACAAUGAUUCCGAUGUGGACGAUACUGACGCAAAUUACUGUUCCGACCUGCAUACCGAAUUGUUAAAAACGAAGAAUUGCUUAAAUUCUACUUCCAUAGCUAAUAUCGACCACGAAAUUUCCAUUGACGUGAAGGACGAGCUGUCGAUUUUUUCGUGUCAUUCGUGCGAAGCAAACAUCAACGGUGGAUGUUCGAAAUCAAUCGACGGUGGAUACGCAUCGGAACCAUCAUCGAAUCACGACGAUCCAUGUUCGGUAGCUACAUUAAAUUCAAGAACGUCCAGUUUGGCUAGUUCCCCGGAAGGAUCGGAGGUAGCGUGUUCGGACGAAUUUUGUAGUCAUCAUAACAACAAUAUGACAUUGCAACAGAUGUUGGAUGACCAUCUAUCCGAAGAGGAACACGAAUACCCAAGCAUCAUUCCAGAUGAAGUUGUGCUGGAUUUCAAAUGUCGUGAGCAAAGCAUCCGAAAAGUGCGUGAGGAAUUGCGUCAAAAUCUUCGGAAAAACUUUGCCCGCAUGUGUGAUAAAACAGGCACAACGUCGAAAGUAUUGAAGGUAUUGAAUAAAUAAUAUCAAACACGUACGUAACGUAUAAAUAAAGGUUAAUACCGAGAUGAAAUUACAUUUAAAAAAGCAAAAAAAAAAGAAGACAAAUAUUAGUCACGCGCGGUUUCUAGUUUGAAGAGGAAAUAUAAAAAGUGUCUAAACAUCAAACCCAAAAACUUUUAAUAUUUCUUCUUUGAACACAAUUUUGGCUAAAUUUUUAUUUUUACUAAUUCUUAAGUCCAAUCCGAAGUUCGAUUUUAUUCCAACCGUUUUUUUUUUAACUCUAUUCUCGUGGCAACGUUUUCAAGAACAUAAACACGUUCCGCACAAUUAGUACACUUACCAACCGAAUAACGACCAAAGUAUAUAAACACACUGGAAGGUAAAAUGUAAAUCUUCAGCGAAUCACCCAAGCGCACGGAUUGCAAGUUUCGUGUGCAUUUUUUUGUGUAGCGUCACUUUGUUUUUGUGUAGCGGGUGCAGCGCUAAACAUUUUUUUCUAAAUAGAAUUGAUGAAAUGUGGUGAAUGUGAUGAAAAGUAUUUCAACCAGAGCCUAAUAUUGAGAAUCAUUUCUCUAAAUUUCACCAAAUUUCAUUUUAAAAUUCACCAAAUUUGGUGAAUUGUUUUAUGAAAUUUCGUGAAAUAUUUUUCAAUAUUAGGCUCUGAUCAACUUACACUGCAAGAACUCUAAUGCAAUCGUAAAUCUUCAAUAAAGUGCAACAUGAGCUACACUCGAAGUCAUCCGACACUUGAGGUUCCGUGCGAUUAUUUUGCGGAUUUGCAUUAUCUUCAGUUGUUUUAUGUACUGUGGGAAUGCCAAAUGCGUACCGAAUUUGACUGACUGUCCAUCACGGGGAAUGUUAUUUCAUGCAAUGUGCUGAAACUUUACCGAGACCCUACCAAAAUCUCAGCAACUUUUCAGUAAAUUUCGUCAAUUUUCAGUAACAACAUCAGUAAAUUGCCAGUAAUAGGCGCUACUGUUCAUGCAUGUUGAAACAGCUGUAGAAAAAAGUAAGAUCGACCAGUCAAAAUUCGGCUCAAAUUUGCCAGUUUUUCGUUUUAGUGUACGCGAAAAAUAUCUUCCGUUAACGAGAGGGAGUGGAUUGAACUGAAUUCAAUAACUCAAUUUUCUUUUCAUUUUUUUUUACAAUAAAUUGGCCGAGGUACACUGAUAUUACAUUUCAAUCUGCAUACUUAUCCACAGGAUACGAAUUUUAAUUCUUAAAAAUGAUUUUAUAAUUUUACGUUUUUUAAUGAAAAAAUGAUGAAACAUUUUGAAAUU